AUGUCCGAUCAUCCUCACAGCCACGGCGAGGCGUCCGAGGAGAUGAGUUUCCUAAGGGCACCCGGACCUUCCAAGCUCUCGUCGAUGCUCCUGGACCCCUGGAACCCCAUCUCGGGACAGCACGAGGAACCGUCUCCGACGUGUCUGGCCCGCGUACAGCUCGAGAUCGCCCGCUUCUACAACGCCCGACGUUCUCGCGGCGUCUUCGUCGUACCCGAGGAAUACGACCUCACCAAGUUGCACGCGGUCGUCGUGGGUCCCAAGGACACUCCGUACGAAGGAGGCUUUUUCCACUUCCUCCUAAAGUGUCCGUCAAACUACCCGGCGAGUCCGCCUCGCGUUCGCAACUUGACCACCGACGCCGGUAGGGUGUGCUUCCAUCCGGACCUCUGCGCUAGCGGUACGGUGUGCCUCGAUAUCCUGGGUACAUGUCCAGGACAGCCUUCGUGGAAGCCAGCGCAGGGUAAUAUCGAGACGGUGCUCGCGUCGAUCCAGUCGCUGCUCAACAAGACGACGUGUUUCGAGGAGUCGGGUCCCGGCGACGCCUCCCGCUACGACGCCGUCAUCCAGCAUGAGACGAUCAGGGUCGCCGUGUGCGACGUGGUCGAGGCGUGCCUCGCGGGCAAGUCGCCGUGCCCGCCGCCCCUGAGGCAGAAGAUCUUGAAGGCGUUCUCGGAGCGCUACGGUUGGUACGAGAAGGUCGUCGGCGACCGGGUUCACCUGGACGGCACGGUCAUGGAUUGUCUGUUCGGCGGCAGCAAGGGAGUGUACCAGUACCGGAGUCUGCUCCAGAGGCUCCGACUUCUAAACGUGCAGCUGCACAUGAGGGAUCCGACUCUCGUUGGAAAGGGAGUCGCGGCACGAUUCUAG